UGUUUUCAUAAGGACAAAAGUCAGUUCAGAGAGUAUGCAGACUUACCCGGGCUACAAAGGCGGUGGAACAGUGGGAGAAUGCUUCAUAAGUGUCAGGUCUUUGAAGAUGAACUUAAACAUCAGGAGAUGGGCAGAGUCCUUAGAUAGGAAAGGUGAGAAACCUGGGAAUGAGCCUGAAGAGGUGAAGCUGCAGAAUGCCAGCAAACAGAUUGUGCAGAAUGCCAUCCGGCAGGCUGUGCGUCAAGUCUCUCAGGAGAGUCGGCAGAGGGAGGAGAGCACCAGUGACAACCGGGGCACCGUCCAGCUAGGCGUGGGGGAGUUAACCAAGAAGCAUGAAAAGAAGUAACACAUGGAUUUGGCUCUUGUCACACGCUUGGCUUCCAGCCUUCUUCUUAGUAUAGGAUGCGUCGCCAAAAUGUUGCCAGUAAAGCAAACCAAAGUGUCAUCAGCACCUAGCAGUAGAAUGAAUUCUCACUAGCCCUUGGCUGAGAAGCACUGUUUUGAAAAAAGUGUGUUAGAUGAUCCUGUUUAUAUUAAUGCAGUGCCUCUGAAACAUAGUGGGGCCAAAUAUGACACUAUAAUUGCAAAAGUAGUUUUGCAGCACAAUUUAUUUUUAAAGUUCUUUUUAAGAAAAACAAUUCUGUCUUGUUUGUUCUGCCUUUUACGUAUUCUUUCUGUGAAUUUAACCAGCAGUCCUUUUUGCUGAAAUAUUGAGUGCAGCACUGUGUUCAUUGUAUUUUUCAAAGACUUGCUGGAAAGGGGAAGGAAUGAUGUUUCAGUCACCUUCAAAUAUGGAAUUGAAGGCUCUUCUAAAGUGAGUUCAGGUCCAAGAACAAAUUAAGCCAAGGAGAAUUCUAAGACUGAGUCCCUCAGGAUCUUAUCAACGCAUAUAUUUAUAUUACUUUAAAAAAAGGAGUUUAGCAUUUCAAGAACUCAGUCUUUUAGUCUCAUUUAUUUGAUAGUUGGUGUUUACUCUCUAUGCAGAAAUCCUUUAGAAAUAUUAUGGAUUUCUUUAUUCAUCUCAAAAUUAAAAUAAGUCAAGUACAUCUAUAUGCAUGAGUUGAAAUGACUCAGUUCUUUGGCAGCCUCAUGAAGAGCAACUAAAAUUGUAGAUUCCUUCCUGGAGAUACACUAGGGUCUGAUUCUGGGGUGCAGUGUCCUUGAAAGGAGCUCUGGGGCCUUAUAAAUGCUGUGUUGCCAUCAGCCUAUUUAUUUGCACUAGUACCUUGCUACUAAGAACUUCUCUUUUACCCAUCAAUGAAUAAGAAUUAUUUUUUGAGAUUAUGAAAAUCAGACAUAUCAGGAAUGAAUAAUACUUAAAAUGAGAAAAACAUUUUUCUAAAAUCCCUCUGAAGCAUGAAAAUACAGUGGGAACAAAAAAGUGAGUGUUGUGAAUGUAGUUACAGAGAUACAUGCGUUUGUAUAAAUAAAGCCAUCUCUAUUGCAACAGUAUGACUUCUGCUUCAUUCCCAUGUGGAUAAUGCACAUCUCUCUGGAGUCCUCUGAGUUUCAUUUCCUGGGCUUCACAAAAGUUAUUGAGUUGGUGCUAUUGGGAACAGGGGAAGAAUUCACCUUUGUUAAAAACCUUUUGGCUUCAGAGUGUCAAUGUCUACAUUUGAUAGUUUUUUAACAAGCCAAGUAUUUACAUAUAAAGUAUGACUGGUAUUAAGAUAUACUUGGAAAAUUCCAAUAUGUUAUACUGGCUACUAUAGUUACAAUGGAUACUACUGAUAAUAGUAGAUGAAUGAAAAUGUUCUCUUAUCAACUCUGCUAGACAAUCUCAUGCAAUGCAAAGAUGGAAUAAAUUUACAAGGAGAAUGGCUGUGGGAGGGAGCAGAAGGCUUAAAAUUUAAAUAUGGUUUAUUUAUAAAUGUUUUCAACAGAACUCGUGACAAUUGAAGAAUGAGUUUAAGUUGACCUGAAGGCAUAUAGUUGAUGUGAUAUAAUUGCACAGUGUAGAUAGUGCGAAUGAAGGUAUUAAGAGAAAUCAUAUAAAUAAGAUAUAAAAAUAUGAACUCAAUGUUUGUAGAUUACUUAAUCUGGCACUAUGUCUACUAAGAUAUCUGGACAUAACCAACCUUGGAUCUUGAAGUCAUAAGUCGGAAACACAUUACCAUGCUACCUUUCCUCUCUUGUGUGUCUGUGCUAAUACAUUGGAGAUCUUUGGGAACACCUGAUUCACCUCUGUAUCUAAAUGUUAUUUGUAAAUAAAAUAUAUCCAACUUUGAAGUAUGUUGUCAUUUUAAGCAAAGUUUUCUACAUCCUACUGUUAUAGUUCAUUUUACACGUGGACCUGACUUUCAUAUGGCAACACAAGGCAUCCUAAGGCUGUUUUCCAAAUCCCUACACAUCAUGACCCAGGAAAGUACUUCGUUAAUGGGCCUUCACUGUAACUGUCUGAGGAAAGCUGUGGCAUGAUAGUUCCUGAGACUUGAAUAGAAAAGGAUGUGUGCUAAGAAAGGCAUUUUGAUCUCAGGAAGUAAUGAUAAAUGGAUCUGGAAAGUUGAGUAUCUUUCAUGGUCUUUCUGAGAUGGAAAGUCUACAGUGAGAAACAGAGGUGUGGAUAAAUUCUUGGAAGGAGACAAGCAAAUUAAGAAACCCCUGCACUCAAGGUAGGUGCCACAUUGGCAGAAUCCUAAGAAAGCUCUGCCAUAAAAAUGAGUGCAUCUGUUAAACUUUUACUUUCAUCUCAGUAUAAAGUUAUUGGACGUAGGAUCAAGGGCUUCCACUGGUUAUUAUCAUAAACCAGCACACAGCUUUUGGUUUUAGGAAUUAGUGGGAACAACUUAUUUAAUGUCCUUUAUCUUCCUAAUUUAUGACAUGGUAAAGUCUCCAUGGGCCUCCUAUGUCUGUGUUCAGUUGUCCAUCUUUCGCUUUGCUUGUCUCUGCGGUAGAACUAAAGAAAUAUCCUUUUAUGUUAAUUUGCUUUUCUGUAAUCAUCUAUCCAGAGUCAACAGUAUUGUAAAU